CAUAGUGAACCGUUCCUGUGCCAUCUGGCCCAUCCUCCACCUGCCUGCUGAGGGGCCUCGCCCUGACAGGACCCCUGGCAUCAUGGCCACCCUGGAGAAGCUGAUGAAGGCCUUCGAGUCCCUCAAGUCCUUCCAGCAGCAGCAACAGCCCCCACCCCCACCCCCUCCACCACCCCCUCCACCACCACCCCCGCCUCCCCCAGGCCCAGUCCUGCCCGAGGAGCCGCUUCAACGACCAAAGAAAGAACUUUCCACUACCAAGAAGGAUCGAGUGAAUCACUGCCUGACAAUAUGCGAAAACAUAGUUGCUCAGUCUCUCAGAAACUCUCCAGAAUUUCAGAAGCUUCUGGGCAUCGCCAUGGAGCUGUUCCUCCUGUGCAGCGACGACGCCGAGUCUGACGUCCGGAUGGUGGCCGACGAGUGCCUCAACAAAGUUAUCAAAGCCUUGAUGGAUUCCAACCUUCCCAGGUUACAGCUAGAGCUCUACAAAGAAAUAAAAAAGAACGGGGCUCCCCGGAGCCUGCGGGCCGCCCUUUGGAGGUUUGCCGAACUCGCCCACCUCGUCCGCCCGCAGAAGUGCAGGCCCUACCUGGUAAACCUGCUGCCCUGCCUCACCAGGAUAAGCAAGCGUCCCGAAGAGUCCGUGCAGGAGACGUUGGCCCAGGCCAUCCCGAAGAUCGGGGCGGCCUUUGGCAACUUCGCCAACGACAACGAAAUUAAGGUUUUAUUGAAGGCGUUCAUAGCUAACCUGAAGUCGAGCUCGCCUGCCAUCCGCCGGACCGCAGCCGCCUCGGCCGUGAGCAUCUGCCAGCAUUCGCGGAGGACCCAGUAUUUCUACACCUGGCUGCUGAACGUGCUCGUCGGUCUGCUGGUUCCCGUGGAGGACGAAGGGCCCACCCUCCUCAUCCUCGGCGUGCUCCUCACGCUGCGGUAUCUGAUACCGUUGCUGCAGCAGCAGGUCAAAGACACCAGCCUGAAAGGAAGCUUCGGGGUAACGCGGAAGGAAGCCGAAGUCUCCCCUUCGGCCGAGCAGCUUAUCCAGGUGUACGAGUUGACUCUGCAUUACACCCAGCACCGAGACCACAACGUGGUGACCGGGGCCCUGGAGCUCCUGCAGCAGCUGUUCCGCACCCCGCCGCCCGAGCUCCUGCGGGCCCUCACCACCCCGGGGGGCACGGCGCGGCUCAGCCCCGGCCAGCCCAGCGGGCGCACCCGCAGCGGGAGCAUCGGCGAGCUGCUCGCCGGAGGGGCGCCUUCCUGCAGCCCUGUCCUUCCAAGGAAACAAAAAGGUAAAGUGCUCUUAGGAGAAGAGGAAAGUUUGGAGGAUGACUCCGAAUCCAGGUCAGAAAUCAGCAGCGCGGCUUUUACAGCCUCGAUGAAGAGCGAGGCGGCGGGGCCCGCGGGGCAGGACAUCAUCACGGAGCAGCCCCGCUCGCAGCACACCCUGCAGCCGGAGUCGGCCGGCGGCGCGGCCCCCGAGGGGGACGAGGACGACACGCUGAGCUCCAGCCCGGUCAGCGCCGUCCCGUCGGACCCCGCCGCCGACCUCCACGAUGGGACCCAGGCCUCCUCGCCCCUCAGCGACAGCUCCCAGACCACCACCGAGGGGCCCGAUUCGGCCGUCACCCCGUCGGACAGCUCGGAAAUGGUAUUAGACGGCGCGGAGAGCCAGUUUUCCGGAAUGCAGAUGGGCCAGCUGCCGGACGAGGACACGGAGUCCGGCCCCGUGGACCCCGAUGGAGCCGCAGAGCCCUUCGGGACCUCCUCCCUCGCGACCCGGAGUCCAAGGCCCGCGUCGACGGCGGCCGGCGUCCCGCAGCCCGACCCGCCGGGGCGCGGGGGCCACGGGCGCCGGCCCUCCGACGGCAGCGUGGACCGGCUGCUCCCCAGAGACGAGGCGCCGGACCCCGGGGACCCCGAAACCAAGCCGUCCCGGAUUCGGGGAGAUAUCGGACGCUGCGCCGACGGGAACUCGGCCCCUCUGGAUCACUGCGUCCGGCUCCUCUCUGCCUCGUUUUUACUCACCGGGGAAAAAGGCGCGUUAGUGCCAGACAGAGAAGUCCGAGUCAGCGUGAAAGCUCUGGCCGUGAGCUGCGUCGGCGCCGCCGUGGCCCUUCACCCCGAAUCUUUCUUCAGCACGCUGUACAGAACGCCGCCGGACAGCUCGGGGGCCGCCCAACCGCCUGAGGAGCAGUACGUGUCUGACAUCUUAAGCUACAUCGACCACGGAGACCCACAAAUCAGAGGAGCCACUUCUAUUUUAUGCGGGACCAUCGUCUACUCCAUUCUCAACAAGUCGCGGUUCGAUGCGGAGAGCUGGCUGGCUUGGGUCAGGAGUUCGACAGGAAAUGGCUUUUCUCUGGUCGACUGCAUUCCUUUGCUGCAGAAAAGUCUGAAAGACGAAUCCUCGGUUACCUGUAAGCUGGCGUGCAGCGCCGUAAGGCACUGUGUCAUGAGUUUAUGCAACAGCAGCUACAGCGAACUCGGCUUGCAGUUGAUCAUCGACGUCCUGACCCUCAGCCACAGUUCCUACUGGCUGGUCCGGACGGAGCUUUUGGAAACGCUGGCAGAAAUUGACUUUAGGUUAGUCAGCUUUUUGGAGGCAAAGGCCGAGCAUUUGCACAGAGGCGCUCAUCAUUACACCGGGUUGUUGAACCUACAAGAUCGGGUCCUCAACGACGUCGUGGUCACCCUCCUCGGAGACGAAGAUCCCCGAGUGCGACACGUUGCGGCGUCUUCGUUGACGAGGCUCGUUCCAAAGCUGUUCUACAAUUGCGACCAAGGCCAGGCGGAUCCAGUAGUGGCCGUGGCGAGGGACCAAAGCAGCGUCUACUUGAAACUCCUCAUGCAUGAGACGCAGCCCCCAUCCCAUUUCUCCGUCAGCACUAUUACCAGAAUGUACAGAGGCUACAGCGUGCUCCCAAACGUAACCGACGUCACCGUGGAAAAUAACCUCUCUCGGGUCGUCGCGGCCGUUUCGCAAGCACUCACCAUGUCCACCACCCGAGCUCUGACGUUUGGUUGCUGUGAAGCGUUAUGCCUUCUCUCCGCCUCCUUUCCAGUCUGCACAUGGAGCUUGGGAUGGUACUGCGGCAUCCCCCAGCAGAGCCCGCCGGAGGAGUCCUGCAAGACCUAUAGCGUGGGCAUGGCCAGCAUGGUACUGGCCCUCCUCUCCUCCGCCUGGUUUCCCCUGGACCUUUCCGCCCAUCAGGACGCCCUCAUCUUAACCGGGAACCUCCUGGCAGCCGCCGCCCCGAGGUCGUUGAAAAACCCGUGGACGUCCGAAGAGGAGGCCAGCCCCGGGACGGCCAAGCAGGAGGAGGCCUGGCCCGCUUUGGGCGACCGGUCUCUGGUCAGCAUGGUGGAACAGCUCUUCUCUCACGUCCUCAAGGCCAUCAAUAUCUGCGCGCACGUGUUGGACGAAGUAGCCCCCGGCCCAGCCUUGAAGGCCGCCCUGCCCUCCCUGACAAACCCGCCGUCCCUGAGUCCGAUCCGGCGGAAAGGGAAAGAGAAGGAACCGGGAGAGCCGACGUCGGUCCCGCUGAGUCCCAAAAAAGGCCCGGAAGCCAGUCCAGCUUCGCGCCAAACCGACGCAGCAGGCCCCCCGCCAACGAGCAAAUCCUCCUCCCUGGGGAGCUUCUACCAUCUGCCGUCGUACCUCAAGUUGUACGACGUCCUGAAAGCCACCCACGCCAACUACAAGGUGACCCUGGAUCUUCAGAACAAUAAUGAAAAGUUCGGCGGCUUUCUGCGCUCUGCUUUGGACGUCUUGUCGCAGAUGCUGGAGUUAGCCACGCUGCAGGAUAUCGGGAAGUGUGUGGAAGAAAUCUUAGGAUAUCUAAAGUCGUGCUUCAGCAGAGAACCAAUGAUGGCUACUGUCUGCGUUCAGCAGUUGCUGAAGACUCUGUUUGGGACCAACUUGGCGUCGCAGUACGAAGGGCUGUCUUCCAACCCCGGCAGGUGUCAAGGCAAAGCCCAGCGUUUGGGCUCCUCCAGCCUUCGGCCCGGCCUCUACCACUACUGCUUCAUGGCCCCGUACACGCAUUUUACGCAGGCCCUGGCUGACGCCAGCCUGAGGAACAUGGUACAAGCCGAACAAGAGAACGACACUUCUGGGUGGUUUGACGUGCUCCAAAAAGUGUCCGUCCAGUUGAAAACAAACCUCUCGGGCGCAGCCAAGCACCGCGCGGACAAGAACGCUAUCCACAAUCACAUCCGUCUGUUCGAACCGCUCGUCAUCAAGGCUUUAAAGCAGUAUACGACAACCACAUCCGUCCAGUUGCAGAAACAGGUCUUGGAUUUGCUGGCCCAGCUGGUCCAGCUGAGGGUAAACUAUUGCCUCCUGGACUCCGAUCAGGUGUUUAUUGGAUUUGUGCUAAAGCAGUUUGAAUACAUUGAAGUGGGGCAGUUCAGGGAAUCAGAGGCAAUCAUUCCCAACAUCUUUUUCUUCUUGGUAUUACUGUCUUACGAACGCUAUCACUCGAAGCAGAUCAUUGGAAUUCCUAAAAUCAUUCAGCUCUGCGACGGCAUCAUGGCCAGCGGGAGGAAAGCUGUGACGCACGCCAUACCAGCACUUCAACCCAUCGUCCACGACCUCUUCGUGUUGAGAGGGACAAACAAAGCGGAUGCCGGGAAAGAGCUGGAAACGCAGAAAGAGGUUGUGGUGUCAAUGUUACUGAGACUUAUUCAGUACCAUCAGGUGUUGGAGAUGUUCAUUCUUGUGUUGCAACAGUGCCACAAGGAAAACGAAGACAAAUGGAAAAGGUUGUCGCGACAGAUCGCGGAUAUAAUUCUCCCAAUGUUGGCGAAACAGCAGAUGCAUAUAGAUUCCCACGAAGCCCUCGGCGUGCUGAACACUUUAUUUGAGAUCCUGGCUCCUUCCUCCCUCCGGCCCGUUGACAUGCUUCUCCGAAGCAUGUUCGUUACUCCCAGCAGCAUGGAAUCAGUGAGCACUGUUCAGUUGUGGCUGUCUGGGAUCCUCGCAAUCCUGAGAGUUCUGAUUUCGCAGUCAACUGAGGACAUCGUCCUGUCGCGGAUUCAGGAGGUCUCCUUCUCCCCGUACUUCAUCUCUUGUCAGGUCAUCGACAAGCUGAGAACUGGGGAGACGUGGUCCCCGGAUCCCGAAGAGGAGAGGGAAAUGAAACAAGCGAAGCAUUUGCCCGAGGAAACGUUUUCCAGGUUUUUGUUGCAGCUGGUUGGGAUUCUUUUAGAGGACAUCGUCACCAAACAGUUGCGUGUGGAUCUGAACGAACAGCAGCACACUUUCUACUGUCAAGAGCUGGGCACCUUGUUAAUGUGUCUGAUUCACAUCUUCAAAUCAGGCACGUUCCGGAGGAUCACGGCGGCCGCCACCAGGCUGUUCACCGGCGACGGGGCGGACGGGCGAUUUUACAGCCUGGGCGGCCUGAGCCGGCUGGUGCGGUCCCUCAUCCCCACGCAUCCCUCGCUGGUGCUGCUCUGGUGUCAGAUCCUGCUCCUCGUCAACUACACCAACUACAGCUGGUGGGCUGCGUUGCACCACACGCCCAAGAGACACAGCCUUUCCAGCACUAAGUUACUCAGUCCUCAGAUGUCCGGCGAGAACGAAGAUCCCGAACUCGCUUCCCAACUCGGCAUGUGCAACGGAGAAAUAGUCCGAAGAGGAGCACUCAUCCUGUUCUGUGAUUAUGUCUGUCAGAACUUGCACGAUUCCGAACACCUCACCUGGCUCAUCGUGAACCACGUUCAAGAUCUGAUCGGCCUGUCCCACGAGCCUCCGGUGCAGGACUUUAUCAGCGCCGUGCACAGGAACUCCGCCGCCAGCGGUCUGUUCAUCCAGGCCAUCCAGUCCCGGUGCGAGAACCUGGCCACCCCCACGGCGCUGAAGAAGACGUUACAGUGCCUGGAGGGCAUCCACCUCAGCCAGUCGGGCGCCGUGCUGACGCUGUACGUGGACAAAUUCCUCUGCAACCCGUUCCGCGUGCUGGCCCGCAGGGUGGACACGCUCGCCUGCCGUCGCGUGGAAAUGCUUUUGGCCGCCACCCUACAGAACAGCAUCUCCCAGUUACCCGUGGAAGAACUGGAUAGGAUUCAGGAAUACCUGCAAAACAACGGAUUAGCACAGAGACACCAAAGACUCUACUCCCUGCUGGACAGGUUUCGUCAAACGAUCGCCCCAGAAACGGUCAGCCCGCCUCCUCUGCUUACCUCGCACCCCCUGGACGGGAAGGAGCCGUUGACACUGGAGACCCUAAAUCCCGACAAAGAUUGGUACGUGGCUCUGGUCCGGUCCCAGUGCUGCGCCAAGUCGGACUCCGCGCUGCUGGAAGGCGCCGAGCUGCUCGGCAGGGUCCCGCCCGGCGAGCUCCACUCGUUGAUGCUCAGCAAGGAUUUCAACCUCAGCCUUUUGGCUCCCUGCUUAAGCCUGGGCGCGAACGAAAUGUCCCGGGAACCGAAGAAGAGUGGCCUUUUCGAAACGGCCCGCGGAGUGACCCUGGAGCACGUGACGCACAUCGUGAGCCAGUUUCCCGCAGGCCACCGAGUGUUUCAGCCCCUGCAGCCCCUGGAGAUUUCCGCCUAUUGGAGCGACCUGGCCGAUCUCUUUGGGAACGUCGGUCUGUAUCAGUCAAUGAACACGGUCAGUCGGGCCCUGGCCCAGUACCUCGUGCUGCUCUCCAGAGUCCCCGCCCAUCUGCAACUUCCCCCGGAGAAGGAGGCGGACAGUGUGAAAUUUGUGGUGAUGACGCUUGAGGGUCUUUCUUGGCACAUAAUCCACGAGCAAAUCCCACUGAGCAUCGACCUGCAGGCUGCUCUGGAUUGCUGCUGUCUGACUCUGCAGCUGCCUGGGCUGUGGAGCGUAAUAUCCUCCCCCGACUGCGUCACCUACGCUUGCUCCCUCAUUCACUGCAUUAGAUUUCUCAUAGAAGCAAUCGCAGUAGUACCCGGGGACCAACUUCUAAGCCCCGAAAGAAGAAAGAACACUUCCAGAGGAGGCGGUGAGGACCAGGUGGAUUCAGAUACACAAAUUCCCAGGUAUAUUCCAGCGGCUUGCGAGAUGGUGGCAGAGAUGGUGGAGUCUCUCCAGUCGGUGUUGGCCCUGGGGCACAAGAGGAACAGCAGCGUCCCCGCUUUCCUCAAUCCGCUGCUGAGGAACAUCGUCGUCAGCUUGGCCCGGUUGCCUCUAGUGAACAGCUACACCAGAGUACCGCCCCUGGUGUGGAAACUUGGAUGGUCCCCGAAACCCGGCGGGGAUUUUGGCACAGUCUUUCCGGAAAUCCCCGUGGAAUUCCUUCAGGAAAAGGAGAUCUUCAAGGAGUUCAUCUAUCGCAUCAACAUAUUAGGGUGGACCAGUCGCACCCAGUUUGAAGAGACCUGGGCUACCCUCCUCGGCGUUCUGGUCACCCAGCCCAUCGUCAUGGACCCGGAGGAGACACAGCAAGAAGAGGACACCGAGAGGACCCAGAUCAACGUCCUCGCGGUCCAAGCCAUCACCUCGUUGGUCCUGAGCGCGAUGACCAUCCCCGUGGCCGGCAACCCAGCCGUGAGCUGCUUGGAACAGCAGCCGCGGAACAAAGCCCUGAAAGCUCUGGACACCAGAUUUGGGAGGAAGUUGAGUACAAUCCGAGGGAUCGUGGAACAAGAAAUCCAAGCCAUGGUUUCCCAGAGAGACAAUAUCGCCACCCACCACGUGUACCAGGCCUGGGACCCCGUGCCGUCCCUGUCCCCCGCUUUCACAGGGGCCCUGAUCAGCCACGAAAAACUCCUCCUGCAGAUCAACCCGGAGCGAGAAAUCGGAAACAUGAGCUAUAAGCUCGGACAGGUGUCCAUCCACUCCAUCUGGCUGGGCAACAACAUCACCCCCCUGCGAGAGGAAGAGUGGGACGAAGACGAAGAGGACGAGGGCGACCCCCCGCUUCCCUCGUCGCCCCCCAACUCUCCUCUCAAUUCCAGGAAGCAUCGGGCCGGAGUGGACAUACAUUCGUGCUCUCAGUUUCUCCUGGAGUUGUACAGUCAGUGGAUACUGCCCUCGAAUCCCAACAAGCGGACUCCCGUCAUCCUGAUCAGUGAGGUGGUGCGAUCGCUUCUGGUCGUCUCGGACCUGUUCACCGAGAGGAAUCAGUUUGAAAUGAUGUACGCCACGCUGACGGAGCUGCGGCGGGUCCACCCUGCCGAAGAUGAAAUCCUCGCUCAGUAUAUAGUCCCGGCCAUCUGCAAGGCGGCGGCGGUCCUUGGAAUGGACAAAGCGGUAGCCGAGCCCAUCAGCCGCCUGCUGGAGUGGACACUACGCAGUUCCCACCUGCCCAGCCGGACCGGGGCCCUGCACGGCGUCCUCUACGUCCUGGAGUGCGACCUCCUGGACGAGACGGCCAAGCAGCUCAUCCCGGCCAUCGCCGACUACCUCCUCUCCAACCUCCGAAGCGUCGCCCACAACGUGAAUUUGCACAACCAAGAGCACGUCCUGGUGAUGUGCGCGGCGGCCUUCUACCUGGUGGAGAACUACCCGCUGGACGUUGGGCCGGAAUUCUCCGCGGAAAUAAUACAGCUGUGUGGGGUGAUGGUGUCCGGCAGCGACGAGUCCACCCCGUCCAUGACGUACCACUGCAUCCUGAGGGGACUGGAGAGACUCCUCCUGUCGGAGCAGCUCUCGCGCCUGGACGCCGAGGCCCUGGUCAAGCUGAGCGUCGACCGCGUCAACGUCCACAGCCCCCACCGAGCCAUGGCCGCCCUGGGCUUCAUGCUGACCUGCAUGUACACAGGAAAGGAGAAAAUGAGCCCGGGAAGGACGACGGAAGCCAACGCCUCGGCCCCCGACAGCGAGUCCGUGAUUGUCGCCAUGGAGCGGGUGUCCAUCCUCUUCGACAGGAUCAGGAAAGGAUAUCCCUGCGAAGCCAGAGUGGUGGCCCGGAUUCUCCCCCAGUUCCUGGAUGACUUCUUCCCCCCCCAGGAUGUCAUGAACAAAGUGAUCGGGGAAUUUUUGUCCAACCAACAGCCGUACCCACAGUUCAUGGCAGCGGUGCUCUACAAGGUGUUUCAGACGCUCCACACGACGGGGCAGUCGUCCAUGGUGCGGGACUGGGUGAUGCUGUCCCUGUCCAACUUCACGCAGAGGAGCCCGGUGGCCAUGGCCAUGUGGAGCCUGUCCUGCUUCUUCGUCAGCGCUUCCACCAGCCCGUGGGUGUCCGCGAUCCUCCCGCACGUCAUCAGCAGGAUGGGAAAAUCGGACCCAGUGGACGUUAACCUUUUCUGCCUGGUGGCCGUGGACUUUUACCGGCACCAGAUAGACGAGGAGCUGGACCGCAGGGCCUUCCAGUCGGUGUUUGAGGUGGUGGCGUCCCCGGGCAGCCCUUACCACCGCCUGUUAACCUGCCUGCAGAACGUCCACGAGGUCGCCACGUGCUGAGGGCGGCCAGCCGGGCGAGGGGAGACGACCGGGGGGCCGAGGGGGCCGCCCUCUCACCCGGGCGGGCCGGUGGUUGCUUCCCCCGGGAGAAUCCGAGCCCUUUGCUGCCUCUCUCCUGAGGAUGACAGAAAUAAUGUUUCCCACGGGGGUGUGGGCCGCGGGCGGCGGGGAAAUGUCCCCUCGUCCCCCUCCCCCUUCCCCUUUUAGCACGGCAUCCGGGACGGGGAACGAGGCCCUUAGGGAAGGCGCUAUCCGCGGGGACCAACGUUGAUCCUUUGCCUUCCACGCCACAGAUCUCUAUCCCCAGACCUCUCCCUGGUCCCCUCCCAAGUGGAAAAGGAAAAGAAAUUCCAGUCUUCAUGAUUAACACUCCCAGCAUGUACUUCCCGUCUCUCGGGCCCCUCACCGUCCGGCGGUGUUGCGCGGGAUGGGCUUGACGGCGCCAGUGGCCGUGGAGGUGGGGGGGGGGAAACCCGGUGACCCCCUUGGCCGCUCCGCGCUUCGUUUUCCUUGGUGGUUCUCAGGAUUUCAGAUUCGAGUAUACGAGUAAAGAGAUUAAUUUUAACUUAAAAAAGAUUUCUAUAUCAUGUAAAGUAUGUAAAAUUGUAAAACCCACUGCUGCAUGACACCGUUCGUCUCCUCCGACGACCGAAGCCACUGACCGAAUGCCUUGCCGUUCCUCGCCCCGUCUCCGUUUUCCCUUUGGGCUCCCCCGGCCCCCUCCAGUCGUUCAUUAGGUUCUCAGCCCGCGCCAGUGUCCGGGUGGCAUUUCUGGGCUCUCCCUCCCACCCCGUUUUGUGCGUCCGCCCCGUGAAGAGCCCGAAUAGGGCGCAAUUCGUUUGUCUUCAGGUACCGGUGGUCGGGAGUUCUCCGGAGCCAUUUCCCCUACGUUUUGCUUGGAAGGGUUUCGGGGGUGAGAGGGGAAAGCAAGGGCUCUUGAGGCCUUGGGCAGGACUUGGAAAUGGGAAGGGGUGAGCAGCGCGUUGGAUAUAGGGGCAGGAAGCAGCCGGUGGGCACAAGACCCCUGUUCGACGUGUGGAAAGAUGUAGAGGCCGGGGGAUCUGGCGGUUCCUUCGCCCCUUGGCCCCACCAAGCUCCAAAAUGGCACCCAGGCCUUCCUUUAAUCCCCCUUUCACUUUCUCCCCCUUGUUGGCCCUUCUUGGCUCGGGUUCCGGAUGCCUCCCCUCCCACCCCCUCGGUAUAAAGUGAUUCGCUCAUCCAAGGGUCACACUUCCUAAAAUGUCUAUUUUGUGUAUUCCACCGUCCCCCUGUCCCCCGCCCCCCGGAGCCGAACCUUCAGCGCAGUGGUUCAGGAUGGUGCGAACGGAAGUAAUUGUUGGUAACGACUCACCCCGUCCCGAACCGUACCCGGACCCGGUAUUUCCGAGAUUCUCGUGGUGUCCGGCCGCGCCGCCCAAUUAAAGGAAGUCCUUUCUGCACCGUC